GUUAAGAGAGCAACGUUACCACCAGUUCCGCUGUUGUGUGCCUGUUGCAGUAUUACAUUAACAUGUUGCUCAUAGCUGCUAACUAGCUGCGCAGGAAAUCUCAAUUAUGUUUAGCAUAAAUCUUUCCCCUAUAGAUUUGUAACACGAGACGUGGCUGCCUUCUUCUCACGGUGGAGCCCUCUCGAGACCCUUUGCCUCCAAGCACCGCGUGGGUUUUUUUUAGCAUAGCUCCGCUAACUUAGCGAGCAGGACGUGCUGCUAACAUGCUAAUGCUGGCAGAGCAGAAUGGAUCAUGUGAGGGGGCGGUGGCGAUCCUGGAUGCUGGGGCCCAGUACGGGAAGGUGAUUGACAGACGGGUGCGAGAGAUGUGUGUACGCUCUGAGAUCCUCCCUUUAGAGACCCCGGCCUUUGCUAUCAGAGAACAGGGCUACAGGGCAAUCAUCAUUUCAGGAGGUCCAGCCUCUGUGUAUGCAGAAGAUGCCCCCUGGUUCGACCCUGCCAUAUUCACUAUAGGAAAGCCUGUCCUUGGGAUUUGCUAUGGGAUGCAGAUGAUGAAUAAAGUUUUCGGCGGCACAGUACACAAAAAGAGUGUAAGAGAAGAUGGCGUGUUCAGUAUUGGACUGGACAACACUUGUUCUCUCUUCAGGGGCCUUCAGAAGGAGGAACUGGUGCUGCUGACCCACGGAGACAGUGUGGAUAAAGUGGCUGAAGGCUUUAAAGUGGUAGCCCAAUCAGGGAACAUCAUUGCCGGGAUUGCUAACGAACAGAAGAAGCUGUAUGGGACACAGUUUCACCCCGAAGUCGACUUGACGGAGAGAGGCAUCGAGAUGCUCCGUAACUUCCUGUUCGAGAUCGCAGGAUGCACGAGUAACUUUACCGUACAGAACCGCCAAGAGGCCUGCAUCAACGAAAUCAGAGAAAAAGUAGACAAGUCCAAAGUGCUGGUGCUGCUGAGUGGCGGCGUGGACUCGACAGUUUGCACAGCUCUCCUCAACAAAGCUCUUAAUCCGGACCAGGUGAUCGCAGUUCACAUCGACAACGGAUUCAUGAGGAAGAGAGAGAGUCUGAGUGUGGAGGAGGCCCUCACCAAGCUGGGCAUCAAACUGAAAGUGGUAAAUGCAGCUCACACCUUCUACAAUGGAACAACAACCCUCCCCAUCUCUGAGGAGGACAGGACGCCACGAAAACGCAUCAGCAAGACUUUGAAUAUGACGACCAACCCUGAAGAGAAACGGAAAAUCAUCGGAGAUACAUUUGUCAAAGUGGCAAAUGAAGUAAUUGGAGAGUUGAAUCUGAAGCCAGAAGAGGUUUUCCUGGCCCAGGGUACCUUGCGGCCAGAUCUCAUUGAGAGUGCCUCGCAUCUUGCCAGCGGGAAGGCAGAGCUCAUCAAAACGCACCACAACGACACCGAGCUCAUCCGCAAACUCAGAGAUGAGGGAAAAGUAAUCGAACCGCUGAAGGAUUUCCAUAAAGAUGAGGUCAGAGCGCUGGGCAGAGAGCUGGGCCUGCCAGAGGAGAUUGUCUCCCGACACCCUUUCCCUGGUCCUGGUUUGUCCAUCAGGGUGAUUUGUGCAGAGGAGCCCUACAUCUGUAAGGACUUUGCUGAAACAAACAACAUCCUCAAAAUCAUCACAGACUUCUCCGCAAGUGUCAAAAAGCCCCAUGUCUUGCUGCAGAGAGUCAAGUCGUGCAUAUCGGACGAGGAGGAAGAGAAGCUCCUGCAGAUCACCAGCCUUCAUUCACUCAAUGCCUUCCUGCUGCCUAUCAAAACUGUCGGCGUCCAGGGUGAUUGCCGCUCCUACAGUUACGUGUGCGGUAUCACAAGUAAAGAGUCUCCUCACUGGGAAUCUCUCAUGUUCCUGGCCAGACUCAUCCCUCGCAUGUGCCAUAGCAUCAAUAGAGUUGUUUAUGUGUUUGGGUCCCACGUGAAAGAGCCGCCUUCAGACAUUACCCCGACCUUCCUGACCACAGGCGUUCUGAGCACACUCAGACAGGCGGACUUUGUAGCUCACUCUAUCCUUAGAGAGUCUGGCUACUCCGGGAAGAUCAGCCAGAUGCCGGUCAUUUUGACCCCCCUGCACUUUGACCGUGACCCACUGCAAAAGCAGCCAUCCUGCCGGCGCUCUGUGGUGGUCCGCACCUUCAUCACCAGUGAUUUCAUGACCGGCAUCCCCGCUAUGCCGGGCAACCAUAUCGCAGAAGAGGUGGUGCUGAAGAUGGUAAAUGAGAUCAAGAAAAUCCCAGGCAUCUCCAGAGUCAUGUAUGAUCUGACCUCCAAACCACCUGGCACCACAGAGUGGGAAUAAAACACAACAUGACGUCAUACCGAUCGGACACACACACUCACACACGAUGCACAAACACACUCGACAGAUAUCAGAGAGGGCUGGUGAACUCCUCUCCUUUUACUGUCCUCCCUCCCUCCCUCCUGCACCUCCACCCCUCUCUUCAACAUUCCCACGGAAGGCAGACCGUACUGUGACGGGCGCUCAUGCAAAGGCGCUACUCCUCCCCACUUCUCCUCCCUGGUCUUAAUACUUUUGGUGAUAGGGAUUGAUUAAUGUUGGUUAUUGAUAAUAUAUUGUCAUUUCUGAUCCACGUACAUCAAUGUAUUUCCUCUCUAUGAUGAAAAGGUAAAAGGUCAACCAUUGAAGGCAGGUGGUGGGAAGCUGUAGGUUCAGAACGCUGCAUUAUGGAAUGAGAUGAAAACAAACAAGUGUCAUGAAACGAAAGAACAGAAGGAGAGUUUUAGAAAUAGUUUUCUGCCUUUUUACUUUGUCAGAUGUUUUGGUUUCACUGUUGUAGGUCAGAAUGUUCUCCACCGAAGACGAUCCUCCCCGCGUGUCCAUGCUCACACUCUGCCUGUAUACUGUGCUAUGAAAACUGUUGUCUGUUUGUUUUUAAAGUAAAACUCAACAGGCAACCUUUUUGUGACCAAUCAAUUCUUUUUAAGCUUUUUAUUUUUGCCAAAAGUAGGAUACGCUGUGGUGAUGUAUAACGUUGUCCUCUGAUGAUCUUCUGCAAGCUGCUUUUGUUGACGAGCGCUCUUGACUUGUUGCUGUUCCACAUCGUGGGAAGCGGUCAACCCAAGAGUGGCUUCAGUGUGAUGACUAGUGUGCAGGAGGCCGACGUGAUGGGUGACUUUGUAUGUGCCUGUUCUAUUGUUUUUGUUUCCAGACAGGAGGAUACAACACUUCCUCCUCAUGCUGCAAUAUGUAUGCUUUUUAUGAAGAAUAAACAUGAGGACUAAAUAAUAACAUAAGUACAGUAGAGUUUAUAACCACAUUGUGUAAAUUGCUGUUGUCAUUUUAUCUUUAUUUGGCUGCUCUCUUGGUGUGCAGGGGCACAUCUUUGUCUUUAUUAUUCUAUCCACCUAUAAAGCCAUCACACUCGUACAUCCAGUGGGAACGUCACCAGAUUAAGUGUCGAAGGUCAGGUUAACAAUGCUGUCUGUUGCCAUAUCUAACAUACAUUCACUGUGUCUCAAAACCUCUUUUACCUUUCUGUUGUUAAAACAUCCAGCACAUCAUAAUCUGUAGUGUCACUUAGACCUCAGUGAAUACAGUGCUCAGGUUUAACUGAGAGUUUAAAAGUGUAUUGUCCCCUGAUGGAAACAUUUCACUCCUCUGUUCUCUCCCUUAAUCUUUACUUGUCUUAACGUGUAUUAGUGUUUCUCCCUCUGUUCGGCCUUUUAUUCACGUGCAUUUUCUGUUCCAUAUGUCUCCAUAGAAAAACAACAGCUUGAUAAUAUUGGACACAUAAUUUUGUAGUUGGAUUUAAUUGCAAUAUGGAUAAGAUUAAGUUAUGCAAUUUACUGUCUUUGUUUGUUUUUAAGUUUCUGUUCAACGCUCGUUCUCCUUAGUAACGUGCCUCAAACCAAGCCACUGCAUGCAGUUUCAAUGAUGACAUUUGUACAAUGGAAAACUGAGCUUUAAUAAAGAUCUCCAUGUUGAA